GCCAGGGUUAAAAUUUUGGGUUGCAAAGAAGUCUGUCUUGUCCAUUAGAUCCUAGAAAGCAACUAUAAGCAAAAUAAGGUCCGGAUUGGUCAAAGGGUCUGGUGUAGGGUUGUAUAGGGAACAUACAGACAAGGCAGACAUUCGGUUUUAUUCAGUCAAGGGGAAGACAAUUUUAUAGGGACAAAUCACAUGCUUCCUGGUAAAAACUGUAAACCCUACACUGAAAAUGACAAAAUCCUAAUCAGGAUUACUCGGGGAGCUCAUUUCCCAACUAGUUUUAGAUGCAUUCCUAUUCUCUUAGUUGUAUAGUUGGUUAAUGACUUUCUGAUUUUUUUCUUUUACUAGGUUUUGAAUAUGUCCCCAGAAGAGAUGGAUCUUUUGCUGCAAGAAUAUGGAGAACAUUAUGACUUAUUCAUGGAAGAUCUACCUAGGCUUUCAACAGAGCUGUAUGAAUACUUGAGCCAGAUGGAAAAGAUUGCAGAUGGCAUGGAUGAGGUCCAGAAGAACACCACCAUUGGGAACAUAGUCAGCAGCUCCGUUGGUGUGCUAAGCGGCGUUUUGACCAUUGCUGGGCUGGCCCUGGCUCCUUUCGCUGCAGGUGGAUCCACAUUACUUGCUGCAAUGGGAACAGGACUAGGGACAACCAGUGGAGUUGGAGGGCUCCUUAUUGGCUUAGCAAAGUCUGUUCUCCAUUCCAAUGAAGAAAAGAUGGUCAAUGACAUAUUGAAGAAAUAUCUAACAGCCGCCCAUCCUGUUAUCCUGCUGGCUAAAGGAGAGGAUACGACUACAUGCACAGAUCUUUUUGAUCAGCAAGAAAUUGAGGACAUUUUAAAAUCAAGGAUUAGCACAUUUAAAAACCACGGGAAAAGCUUUGAAGAGAUAGGUAACUGUGUCAAGGCUUAUAAGGCCAUCAAAGCAAAGCCAAGUCUGGGAAAAACGGCAGAACGCUUGUGUAAGGUCAACGGUACUGUUCGGAAAACAAGACAGGCAAACAGGGUAAGGAAGAUGUUAAAGGGAACACCUGUAACCCUCUCAAGGACCACCAGGAUAAUGAAUGGCGUGACGAGUGCAGCAUUUAUUGGAAUGGAAAUCCAAUCUAUUUAUCAAGACAGCAUUGAUCUGUCAAAUGGCAGCAGGAGUGAAGCUGCUCAGAUUAUUAGGGAGAGAGUGGAGAUUCUGAGGGAAGAACUAGAUGAGUGCCUGCUCAUUCUACAGCAUAACUGGUAAUCAAUUAAAAAGUUCAAACUUAAAAUCAAAAAAGUUAGGUGUUAUUGAUGACCAUCGACUCAUGAAAAUUAAAAAGAAAUUGUAUAAUUCUUGUGAUCCUGUUCAAUUCUGUUUAAGCAAAUACUAGCCCAUAGUGAAAAUCUACAAUGAAGCCCAUCUGUGGCUGGGUCUACUAAUGUCUUCAAGAACUGAAAUUCUGAGAAGAUGCUGACAAGUUGAGAUCUGAGCUAACUUUGUUUUCCUUAUUACUAAUGUAAAAAAAAAAAAAACCUCUAAUAACAGAAUCAAGUUUUAGAAACCAAAAGAGUUUUCAUAAAAACGAGAAUGCUCUGCAAAGAGUUGGAAGGAUAUUCUUUUUAACUCUAUGAAAUCUUCUUCCUAGGCAUCAAUAAAGAAUUCACCAUUUAUUCACAUCUCAUUUAACGCUUCUAUCAUAAUGCCAAAAAUUCAGUUUAAAAAUAUCUUGAAUUUCCUUGUAACUGUAACUCCCAAAUACAUAAGAAGUGUUUUAAGAAAGUGGUGUAAUAUUGUAUGGUCACAGUGAACUGAUUAACUGCACUUGACUGUCCAUCUUGGAUUCAGUUGUUAAUGGUGAGUCUUGACUGUUUUUAUUAACUGAGCAUAUUCCCAAGUACUCAAAAAAGCACACUUUAGUCCAAAUUAAUUAUAAUCCCAGACAUAUUGUAAGAGUCGUCUAGAAAUUUUAUAUGGAAGGACAAAUAUUACAAGGAUGAAAUUAUAAAGACUGAAAGCAGAGGAUGGCAUGAUGCUACUUGACUUCCAAAUUUAUGACUUGGUUGCAAGUAUUUUUAUUUUGAGACAAUGGAAGGAAGAUGGAAGUGCUGAAGUUGUACCUGCUCGGUUGGUUCUUUAAAGAAAAUUGUGUAUGAACUGUUACUUGUAUGCCUUUAUCUGUGCAUUGGUUAUCAGUAAUAUUUGACAAUUUACAAGUAAUUAUACUGCAUUCCAUUUGAAGUGGAAAAGUGGAAUUUCUGGAGUUCCUAGUAAGAAUUUUCAACUGGAAAGUCAGAUUUCUAACUUGGAAACUCAGGGCUGGUCUGCCAUGUCUGAAUUUGUCUGACUUCGGAUCAUGACGUCAAUCCAAAAUUAUGACAUACACCAUGAACUUUAGUGAAAGCCAUAGUAUCAUACUGUUUAUUGGCUUUUCCGUCUGUUGUGUCUCAUUAAAUCAGUCGUGCACACAGUACUGUCCAAAUUCUAUCCGUGGACGUGUUGCUACAAUGUUUGUAUAUGCAAAAUUCCAUGUAGUGCAUUGUUAUCAACUGGUAUUUAUUCCAAUGGAGCAAACACAAGAAAGGUUUUCCUUGAAGUGUCCGUAUUGGUUUUCUGAAUGUUUUACUGGCACACAGUCAACACAGCUGUGACGUCAUUCCCAGGUCCGACAUCUAACUUCUGUGGUAAAUGAACCACAGCGUUAGAUUGUACUCCAUUUACUCAAAACACUGAACCAAUGUAGAAAAUGCUUUAAGUCGGAGACUCUGUUGUCUGUUGUUUCAUUACCAGAUAAUUUUGUAUUCCAGCCCCCUCUCCAAUGCACUGUAUUUAACUCAUAGAAGUCAUUUGAUUUUUCAAACUUCGGUGAUCUACCACCAUUCUAUGUAAACAUCCAAGAAAUCCUUUGUUAAUGUUCAGACUCAAAAGCAUCCAUUUUAGCUAGUAAUGAGGAGAAUAUUGGUAGUCUUUCCAGGCUUUAUAUCUACAUAAUCACUGGCAAUGUUGGGAUAGAGACAUCUCUCUCAGUAUCUCAGGUAAUGGUGGAAUUUACUCAUUGUUGACAUUUAUUUUUCACCAAU